AAUAGAGCGAGGCAAACUGAAUCGUUACAACAAUCAGCCCUAAAUAACUUUCUGUCACUGUAGUAGUGUUCCAGUGUAGUUCUGAUUUGCGAUAGGUACCACUUGCUUGUGCAAUAGAAACCUUCUGUCCCGUUUAUUCUUCAUAUAUGUAUGUUUUUUUAUCGCCAUUGACAAUCAAUAAAAUAUCGACGACCAGUUAUAUGUACUUCGAUACAUUGCGUACAUAUCGUUUUGUGCUUCGCCGAUAUAUCACUAUUGUUUUCUUCUAAUGAAAUAAUACUUCAACCUUUUCACUCACAAAAAUAAUUUGUAAUGUAUCUACGUAUGAUAUGACCAAAGUCUUGUUGCAAACUACAAUACAAUAUGGAACGUUCUCGAUAUUGAUCAAUUCAAUAUUAAUACUUAAUAUCUUGCACGACUCGUUUGACAAUCCGGUAUUAUCAAGUUGACAAUCCGAUAUUACCGUAAUGAUAUGUUCUGCAUGUUCGCAUCACUUUUCCCUCGUGUCGUACAUUUAACAAAGGGAGCUGACCCGCGAUGGUACAUAUGUACAUACAAUAUCCUACGAAUAUAACAUGAAUCCGGAAAUGGAAAAAUACUUUGCCACCAACAAAAUCUUUUUAUCGCGAAUCGGUGGCUGGCCAUAUCAGCGUAAAGUACUAAAAAUAUUGAUACCGUGUCUUUUCUUAAUGGUGUACUAUUCUACAGUUGUAACUCAGGUGCUUCUAUUAUACGAUACUUGGGGUGACAUAAAUGUUGUUGUUGAGUGUAUAAUUACCCUAACUUCUCUUUUCGUCGCUUGCAUUAAGUUAAUUAACAUCACUGUGAAUAAUAACAAAUUUCGACGACUGUUGCAACUUAUGAAUAAACAUUGGGAGCUUUUUAACAGCGAACAUGAACGUCAUAUCCUGAGAUAUUAUGCUACUAUCGGCCAAAAAAUAACAAGUUAUUUUGCAGUCUACUUUGCCACAGUCGUCAUAUUUUAUUUGGUAAUUCCAUUACUACCAAGAAUCUUGGAUAUCGUAAUUCCCUUAAAUGAGUCACGGCCAUUGGCAUAUGUAUAUCAGGCUGAAUACAGAGUGGACAAAGAGAAGUACUAUUAUCCAAUUAUAAUUCAUUCUUACAUUACGAGUACAAUGACAGGAGUAAUUUUGUUCACCGUUGAUAGCACUUAUAUAGUGUGUGUAUUACAUGCAUGCAGUCUGUUUACAGCUGUCAGCCAGUGCCUUGAAAAUAUUAUUGGUGAUGCAAACAUUACACCAGAUGACGAUGGAACAAUACAUUCAGGGACACAGUAUCAUCUAGAAAUCUAUAUGGAGAAACACGGCAAUGAUUAUCGUGAAUUAAUGAUAUGCUUGAAAAAACAUCAACAUGCAUUAGAACAAGUAGAGACGCUGAAUUCCAUGUUUACCCAAGCGACAUUCAUUCUUUUAUUUCUGAAUGUGCUGAUAUUGAGUGUGUGCGGAAUACAGCUUAUUAAUAACUUGGCGAAUACUGGAGAAGUAAUAAGAUACACUUUUAUAACUUGGGCUUCAUUUACUCAUCUCAUAUGCAUGUGUAUUCCUGGACAAUUGAUAAUAGACCGAAGCACAGAAAUCUUCGACAAGGCGUACAGUUCAGCAUGGCAUACAUUUUCCAUAAAAACUAGAACAUUAUUAAGAAUACUUCUUUACAGAAGUCUCACUCCGUGUACGCUCACGGCUGGAAAGAUGUUCGUUAUGUCCAUGACUAUGUGCAGUUCGGUGAUGCAAACUGCUAUGUCGUAUUUCACCGCCUUUUUAUCCGUAAGAUAAAGGUGCCGUUGCAAUAUUGUGUAUAUCUUCACAGAAUUAUAAUAUCCAGGAAACCCAUUGCAAUCAUUGUGUUUUAUAAAGGAUAAGUGUAACCAUAAUAAAGCGACAUAUUUCACAUCAGACAAAUAUGAAUAAAUGUAUAUAUACC